ACUAGAGGAGGACUGGGAGGAGACGGAUAAUAGAGGGAAGCGGGCGUGGUGGCGUGUUACGUCAGGUAAUGGGCGGCUCCCAUAGAGUCACGGUGGGCGGAGCUCGCUCUCAGUCUGGUCCCGGAGCUCGGACCGGAGCGGGCUGGGGGACGAUGUUGCCCGGCCGGAGGAACGCGUAUGUGCUGCUGGAUGUGCUGUGCGUGUGUGUCGCAUCCUUGCCAUUCAUUAUUAUGACACUGGUGAACAGGCCUUACAAGCGAGGAUUCUAUUGCAAUGAUGAGUCGAUUAAAUAUCCAUAUAGAGAAGACACCAUCACUCAUGGACUGAUGGCUGGAGUCACCAUUUCCUGCACACUUAUCAUUAUCACCUCUGGAGAAAUGUACAUGGUAUUUUCUAAACGACUAUACUCCCGCUCUGAGUGUAAUAACUACGUGGCUGCACUGUACAAGGUGAUAGGAACAUUCAUAUUCGGAGCAUCUGUCAGUCAGUCCCUCACUGACUUGGCAAAGUACAUGAUAGGCCGUCCAAGGCCCAACUUCCUAGCUGUGUGUGACCCCGACUGGACAACGGUCAACUGCUCUGGAUAUGUGACAAAGUUUGAAUGCCGUGGCAGCCAAGCAAAUGAGACAGAGUCAAGACUCUCCUUUUAUUCUGGACACUCAUCAUUUGGAAUGUAUUGCAUGCUCUUCCUUUCGUUAUAUAUCCAGGCCCGGCUGUGUGGUAAGUGGGCUCGUCUCCUGCGUCCUACAGUGCAAUUUUUCCUCUUGUCCUUUGCUUUGUAUGUUGGAUAUACACGUGUCUCUGAUUACAAGCACCACUGGAGUGAUGUUCUUAUGGGACUUCUUCAAGGAGCCAUCGUAGCUGCUCUCACAGUGCGCUAUGUUUCAGACUUCUUCAAAGUCAGAUCACCUCUUCAGUGUAGUAAAGACCCCCUUGAGAGCAAGCCAAGUCUCCAGCUACGUGAGACUGACCAGAGAAACUUGAUGUACAUAGGGGGAUCGUGAGAUUUCCCUCUGCCUCUCUGAGCUGCACCAACCACAUUGUUGAGGUUUGUAAGCCUACAAGACUCCACCAUUGUCUGGCCGCCGCAAGAGGCUAAUGGACUGAACAGGCGGGUUUCUACUGGUUGAAACAUGCUUGGACUUUUUAGAUCCUUUUUUUUUUUUUUCCCAGCACAAAAGCCAAAGUAACUUUUUUUUUAUAUAAAUAUAUAUAAAUCUAUGAAGAGAGAUCUAGAAAUGUAGAUGUCUCUGUAUAUGAAAUGUAUGGCAGAUAAAGAAUGAGUGUGUGUAUGGUCUGAGUGAUAGGUGCUUGGUUUGUUUCCGGAGAGAGUGUGUGUGUGCGCGCGCCAGAUAGACAUUGAGUCUUCCAUGUCCAUGGACCAUCUGAUUGCUAGCCUGUGGUUGGCAUCGGUAGGAGGAAAGGCCUACUUCUGCACCCAACUUUCUUACUCUGCAGUGUACAAUCAAACUGCCCGGUGGAGAGGAUGGCAGUUACCCCUGGUAUAUCUGUGAUCUGUGUUUAAACCACUGCUGACAACUCUCAGCUUUCAGAUUAAUAACCAGAACCUGUGGGGUGGUAUAAAAGAUAAGAACCGCCUGAAUACUUCUGUAUAUAUUACUUUAUUGUUUUUUUUUUGUAUGUAUUAAACUCUGAGACUGUGGCUGUAAAUUAAACAAUCACCCAUCCUCAUAUGUCAGUAAAUAGGUUAAACAUUUCUAUAUUUUCUGUGUUUUUCUUACUUUUUUUGAGACUUUGUAUUCUUCUCUAGUCUUUACCCCUAACUACUUACCACUCCUACAAUUUGGUCUUCUUUUCUUCCCAUCACCCGCUAAGGUCUGAAUGUGGAGGUGGAAUAAGACAGUGUUUUUUCAUCAUUACUGUUUGUUAUUGUAUGGUGGUAGCUUCACUGUGAGUUAGAAGUUAACCUUUGAUAUUGCAAGGAAGCCGCUGUCCCUUGACGCAACACAUACAUAACCACUGGACAGCCAGAAUGUCUGUUAUUUACUUGUUUUAAUUAUUUUGUAUAUUGCAAAAUAAACAACCGUGGUGGGCACCCUCCCACUUUCAA